GUAGUCGUUGGCUGUCUGUGGUAAAAAGUUAUUGUACAAUAUGUUGGGGAAAGUGAAAAACAGCAUAGUUGCCAUCUACAUGGCAAUAGGAAUAUUUUACAUAUUAGUUAAUAUAAACGUUUCAUCGACCUAUAUGGGACCCAAGAGGCAGAUGUGGCCUGUAGAUCAUCCGGCAAUUGUUUUAUACAGACACCAUCCUAACGCUCUGCGAAAAUUUUAUUGGUACAAUACAAGAGCUCCAAUUAUGGUUGGAAAAAUGCGUCUAAAAAACUACAUGCGUAAUAUGAAUAUGCUACCCAGAUAUAUACCCACAUCCGCUCAAUAUCAGGAUGCAUUUGCAAGUUCAAAAAGGAGCGUCUACAGGAAUUUCAAUCAUAUAAAAGGUUUUACAACAACAUUAAAGCCUGCAACCACAGCGGAUUAUGUUUCAGCUCCAUUAAAAACGAUGGAUUUAAACAAAUAUAAAACAUUAAAUACAAUGGGGGUUUCAGCUCCAGUGAAUAUAUUGGAAACUGGCCCUGUAACCCGUCCCCUGGAUUUUAAAAUAGAACCCAUCAACGCAUUCGUACCAUUAACGGAAAACACUAUAUCGAAUGCAGAACGCUUAGUGGGCGAUCAUAAAAAAUGGAGCAGUCCGGAUUAUUCCAACCAUAGUUGGACGAAGUGUCCUGAAAGAAUAAUGAAUCUGGCAGGACAAACUUUAGCGGAUUGUUAUAGAAACACGUUACAGGACUAUCCCAAGGAUCAAUACAGUUCGCAGAGUAUGCCUAGCGAAACGCCAGUGACGACAACCAACUUGCCGUACCAUAACUAUGUUGCUCAUACCUAUUUUACGCUAGACGAUGUCAUUUUACCACGCUCAUCUACUAAAUUUGGAGGCACAUCGACUGAUUAUGAACAAGAAUUUCGGCCGAGUCCUGUUUUAACUACACUAAUGCCGACAGAGGCUUUCACCGAGCGAUAUUACCAUACCACUCAGGUUACACCCACAACAACAUCAGAAGCUCCAACAUCACAAAAAACUACACUAAUAGAUAUGGAUUUUCGUAGCUUUCCCUAUACUUCUAGUUCAACUGAGUCCACAUUCUUUAAGAACACCAUUAGCCCAACAACUCCAGAGCCGACAAUAAGAAGUACCAUUAUAACUCCAAAUAUAACCAAUAUUUCGUACAAAAAUAGAUUAAAAUCUCUUAAAGCGACCAAAAACUAUUCAUCCAAUAUCGAAACUAAACUAAAAUUAUUAAAGCUUCACUUAAAAAAUCUUGUUACAACAACAGAAACUCCAAAGUAUAUUCAAAACUAUACAAAGACAGAUGUUGCCGAUGGAAAUACCACUACCCAAAAUAACACAAUCGAACCAACUACAACAGCUGCCCCGAGGAGAAUUAAUACGAAUAGAAAAUUGAGAAAAUUCCGAGUUUUGGCUUCAACGAGAAAGAUACCAACGCAAAAACCGCACAACACAACUGAUAUGAAAGUCAAAUUAGAGAAUAAAAAACCAAAAAGAAUUUAUGAAAGACGCAAAAGUUAUAACUCGACUGUUGCACCAGAUAUUUCAAAGAGUACGACAACCGAAAAUGUUGAUCUAACCAACAAGCAUAAACGCAGAAAUACAGCUCGAAAAACGCAAAUAUCUGAAGAAAACUCUCGAUUACGAAACUCAACAAAGGUAAUCAGCAAUAAUAUUGUAAAAUCUCGCUCGGACAGAAUUCUUGAAGAUAAGAAUCCUUUGGUGACGGAAUCGGCAAUUAUGACUAUAUCCAGUGGUAAUAUAAAAGUAAGGCAGCCAAUAUUAAAAAUAAAGCCUAAACAGCACAGCUCCAGAAAAAUAAACCAUGUAGAAAAUGAUAAUUUUAUCCCAUCCCUUCCCAUAGAAGUUUAUUUUAAAAAAGUUAAUCAGCAAUAAAGUUUAGCCGUCUGAAAAUUAGGACACAUAAAAUAUGUAUGGUAAAUAAUAAAUGUAUAAAAAAUAUUCAAAUUACAAA